CAGGAGUUAAAUAAACAACCUGUACAAAGCAUUCCUGACAGACCAUCAACUGUGUUAGGAAGUGAACAGGCACACUCUGUGACAAAAGGCACUUCUCAGCAGCCAUUACCUAUGAAUGCGAAGGAUAUAAGUUCCAAAGAUGAAGAGAAAAUAGAAGACAAUGUAACAGUUACUGAAGAAUUAAACAGUAGCAAGGGUAAAGAUAAAACCGAAGCUACACCGUCGGAAUGCAAAGGGGCAAAUUCAAUUCGCAUUAUGUCGCAAUCUUCUCCAGAUAUUGACGUCUUGGAGACAAAACUCACUGACAAAGAUGGACGAGAGGGUACUGCUCAAUUGCCUGAAGAGGUACAUUUAGAAAAAGAGCCUAUAUAUAGUGCCAUUGAAGCGUCAGAAUCAAUCAAAGCAAAUGAUUUUUCAAGCAUACAUUUAGAGCCAGUUAGAACAGAAGGUGAAGGAUUGAAACCAGAUUUGGACAACCAGGAGCCGGGUAUUGAGAGCACAAAAUCAACAUCCAAAAUGUUGGAAUCUGAAAAUGUGGAUCCAGUUAUUCAGCCUACCAUUCCUCCUAGUAUUGACAUUACUGACACUUCAGACCCUGUUCUUCCAUUGCCAGCUCCUCCUGUUAUUGGAGACACAAGCUUGCCUAGCCAUGAGUUUUCAACUGCAGCAUCGUCAGCAGAAGCUACUCUUGAUACUUCAAUCCUCAGCAAAGCUCAACAAGCCGCUGUUUCUUCUUCAGCUGGACUAUCGUCAGGGGUCGGGUCAGGAGGGCAGAAGGAAUCCAUAUUUGUUCGUCUUAGUAACAAGAUAAAGGUUCUGGAACAGAAUUUGAACAUGAGUACCCUGUAUAUGAAACAGCUGCAUCAGAGGUAA